AUGGGUGGCAGAGGGGCUGGGGCUGGUGCUAUGGGAGUUAAGCGCCGGGCAAAAGCGUUGACAUCGAGACACCCAGGGGGCAUGAGCGAGGUCCAGAAGGGCAAGAUUAAGCUGGCGUUCUUCGUGGCCAUCGUGGGCGUGGUAUUGACAGUCUUGGGCUUGGGCACAGAGUAUUGGGUGGAGCUGUCCCCGCCCAAGAACUUCUACAACAACCAGACGUGUCUGGCGGCUCACUACGGGCUGUGGAAAGGAUGCUCCCGGACUCUGUGGGUGGCGGACAUAGACCCUGAGCGAGAGAGCUGUGGGCCGGCUGAACUGCCAGGAGAAUCUCACUGCAACUACUUCAAGUUCUACACCACCGGAGAGAACGCUGUCAUCUUCCAGAAGACGACAGAAAAGAGUCUGAAUGUGGCGGCAGCCAUGAUGGCCCUCUUCGGUCUCUUCCUGAUGGUCAUGGGGGCCAUAUGCAUCACCACAGCCCUCAGCAAAGGAGAAUCGUUCUUCCUCAAGCCUGCUUCGGUUUGCUUCAUUCUGUCAGGCCUCCUGAUGCUCCUAUCUCUUACUGUUUUCAACCAAUCGGUCCUCUCCUUCCUAGCCAGUGACCACUCGGUGCCGUUGCAUCACGAGCUGUCUUGGUCAGUGUCCUGUAUUGGGUGUGCAGGGGUCAUGCUUAUUUUGGGCGGAAUCCUCUUUCUCUUGCUUGCACUGCCAUUCAGCCCCUGGCGAAGGUGUUUUCCCCCCAAAAAUGAAAGUGACAGCUAG